AAUCUCUAAUCUUGUGGGCAGUAAUUUGCCUUGUGUCUUCUCUUUUACAGAUCCAGGAAGAGUUGUUGAUACUUUUUCUUUCAUUUUUUACUGAUACGAUGGAAUGUUGACUUCUCAGCUUUUCAUGUAUGCAAAUAGAAAACUAAAGGACUUCAUGUCCUUUGAGGAUGUGGCUGUGUACUUCACCUGGGAAGAAUGGCAGUACCUGGAUGAUGCUCAGAGGACCUUGUACAGGGACGUGAUGCUGGAGACCUACAGCAGCAUGGUGUCAUUGGGGCACUGCAUUACCAAACCUGGGUUGAUCUUCAAGUUGGAGAAAGGUGCAGAGCCAUGGACAACAGAAGAACCCCCAAACCAGAGGCUCCCAGAUGUCCGGGAAGUUGAUGGUCUAUUUCACAGGAGCCAAGAAAGUCACUGUAGACAUUUGUGGCAAGUUGUAAUCACCACCAACAACACAUCAACUGAGGAAAGAAUAUUGGACCUUGCUAAGCUUCAGAGAACUCACAUGGAGGAACAGUCCUAUGGAUGUAUUGGAUAUAAAGAAAACUUUCAUGAGAAGUCACUCCUCAGCAAGCAUCAGAGAAUUCACACUGUUGAGAAACCAUAUGAAUGUGAUGUAUGCAGAAAAACUUUCUGUGCUGUAUCACAGCUCAGUAUGCAUCAGAAAAUUCACACAGGUGAGAAGCGCUUUGCAUGUAACGAGUGUGGAAAAUCCUAUUGCCGGAAGUCACACUUGAGCAGACAUCAGAGCACUCAUACUGGUGAAAAGCCAUAUGAAUGUGAAGAAUGUGGAAAAGCUUUUAAACGGAAGUCACACCUCAGCUGGCAUCAGAGAAUUCAUACAGGUGAGAAACCCUAUGAAUGUAAGGAAUGUGGAAAAGCUUUUAAACGGAAGUCACACCUCAGCAGGCAUCAGAGAAUUCAUACAGGUGAGAAACCCUAUGAAUGUAAGGAAUGUGGAAAAGCUUUUAAACGGAAGUCACACCUCAGCUGGCAUCAGAGAAUUCAUACAGGUGAGAAACCCUAUGAAUGUAAGGAAUGUGGAAAAGCUUUUAAACGGAACUGUCAUUUAUCAGGUCUUACUAGACAUUAGAGAAUCCACACAGGAUUAAAACCGUCUGGAUGUAAUAAAUGUGGAAAAACCUUCUAUGACAACUCAUCCCUCAUGUUACUGCAUAUCAGCAGUCACACAGGUGAGAAAUCAUAUGAAUGUAGAGAAUGUACAAAAACUUUCUGCUAUAAGUCACACCUCACUGAACAUCAUAGAACUCACACAGCAGAAAAGCCCUAUGAAAGUAAUGAGUUUGGAGAAACUUUCCACUAG